AUGAGCUUCCGAAUCGAGCUGUUCGUUCGAGUGCUUUCGAUCGCGUCGUGUAUCGCAGCUUCCUCGACAGUGCCGCAACAGGCGCCCACGCUCUACGAGCUAGAUGACUGGACGAAGUGUGACCUAGGUCCCGAACGAGACUGGUACUGCAUGGUGCGAGUGAUAGUGGUGGCAGACGCGUUGCAAAAUGCAAGUGGACCCUUUCUCGUUGAUGAUCUUCACCACUUUCGCCGGGCGCUGCUCGAUAGAGGCCUGUGUUUGACAGCCGCUCAAAGGCGCUUUGAUGAGACCGUGCCAUUAGGGAACUACCCCUUUCCGGGUUGGUGGAACAAAUCCGAUCGCUACAUGCUGGAUCGUAGCUUUUUUCCCUCGUCGAUGCAUCCGGACACCGGAGCUGAGCUGGCGGCAGGAGCGAUGAUUAAUCGACGCCUUCAAUCUCGCCAUUCCGGGUUGGCGGCGUACACGGAGAUAGAGUACUGUGUGAAGGAUGACCCGACGGGUCGGAUGGAGCAAGCGAUGGGAGUUGUGGUGGCAGUUGUUCUAGUACUCGGGUGUAUCUUACUGCUCAACGGACGACGAUGGAUCCGCGAAGAAUGUCGUCCACCACGACCCGGUCAGCUACUUCUGUUCGAUUGCUACAAAUGCUACGGCUUGGUUGGGGUAGUUCUAGCCCACUGUUUGCUUUUCGGACCGUUUCUGAUGCCCCUGAAAGAUGCCGAGCAGCUGGAACAGUCUAUAGCGCAUCCGAACGCGAAACUGUUCCGGCUGAUAUGCCCGUUCACGAUGCUGGUGUUUUUCACGAUGAGCUCGAUGUUGCUCACGGUGAAGCUGUUGCAAAGCGGGCCAACCCAACGACCCACAUUAGCGGCGAUCAUCACCGACCGGCUGAUAAGACUGCAACCGCUGAACCUCCUCACGAUCGCGUUCUGUGCGCUGGCGUACGAUCGCUUCAUCGGUGGACCCCUGGGACCGCGUCAGCUGAUCGUCGAACAGGGCUUAUGCUUGCGGCGAUGGUGGAUGAACGUGCUGUUCAUCUCGAACUACGGCAUGCACGAACCGUGCCUGCCGCACUCGUGGUACGUCAGUGCGGACUUUCAGCUCUUCGUGAUCGUGGCGAUCGUACUGAUGGCGAUGUUCAAGUGGCCACAACACUCUCAAACCAUCGGAGGUUUCAUGAUCUUCGCCGCCUUUUUGGGACCGUUUCUGACCGUGUUGCUGAGUGACUUCGAUCCCGUCGGACCCGGUAACCUGCACGAGAUGCGUUUCUUUCUGCUCGACAGCACGUUCAUGGCGCAGCUUUACACGCCCUGCUACAACAACCUGUGCUGGAGCGUUGCUGGCAUGCUGGCUGGGAUCAUGUACGAUCGGUAUCAACGGCUGGCCAGCGAUUCUGAGGCUCGUAAACGGCAACUUAACCGCGUUAAUGCUACAAUUGCCGUUUCGCUUUCGUUGCUUGUGAUGUUUGUUAGAGCGACAAUCGUAGCUUCCGAUAAUAGCUCACCGGGCAGUCGUUGGUGGCUUGCAGUGUGCUACUCAUUGCACAAGAUUUCAGCGGCGGCUUUGUUUGGUGCCGUUUUCCUACGCGUUUUGCUAACGGAAAGAGAUUUCUACGGAUCUACGAUGGUGAGAAUGGGAGCGAAGCUGUACUACUGCGUAUAUCUUAUCCAUAUGCCCAUAUUUCGGAUCAUGUUUAGCAACGAAACGGAGGUCACGGAAGUAACGCCAAUACUCUUGCUUCGAAUGGGAAUGAAAGUGUUUGUGAUAUCAUACACGCUCGCUGUUUUGUUGCAUUAUAUCAUCGAAAAACCGAUUACGAGACUGCUAAGACGUGUUUUAUACGGUCGAAAUUAAUUUAAAAUGCAGACAGAAGCGUUAAAUUGCACGUUAGAAUUGGGCCUCAAUUUGGUGUU